UAUAACAAAUUAAUUUACAAUAAAACAUGUUAAAUAUUACUGAAUUAACUUGUCGCGUUUGUUUGGAAGAACAAAAUGUUCUAAUAAACAUCUACGAUGAGUUGGAAGAACUACACACAAACCUUUGUAAUCUCUUAGAAACAUGUGCUGACCUUCAGAUUAAUGAAAACGAUAUUUUCCCUAAAUACUUGUGCGAAGAUUGUACAAGAGAACUAUUAAUAACAUCGAAAUUCCGUGAGAAAUGUGAUAAAUCCAAAGAAAUUCUUCAUGAAAUAUUAGAAAACGCAAAGCUGAUAGAAAUUGAAGAAUCAUCGAACUCAAACGAUAUUAUAGAAUACUGUGCAGAAGAAUUGAAUGAAAUAGACAUAGAGGAUUUCAUAAUUGAAGAACAACCUUUAGAGGCAGAAACAGAAGAAAAUGAUGAAGUAAUUGAGGAUAUAGUAGCUGCAGAGAAGCAGGAUAGUGCUUUAUCCUUAUUAAGAAAAAACAUUAAUGAAGCCCCACACGAAAUACAAUUACUUAAUCACAUGGAACAUGAAAACGUAACAGAGGAGUCUGCAGUAAUACAAGAUAAUUCCGAUAAAUUAAAUUUAGUCACAGAGAACUAUGUGGAGGAACAUGUUAUGCCUGUUAUUGUUUCAUGGGAUAAUUCUGAUGUAGUGGUACAGGAAAAAUCAACAAUUUUAAGUGAACCCAAAACAUUAAGUGAUAAAUUGAAAAAAACUCUUAUUUUUAAAUGUGAUAUAUGUGGCGCCAUAUUUAAACAAGCCAUUAAUUUGCAAAAACAUUUACAGAAAUCACACGAUCCUAUGCAUUGCUUUACCUGUAACAAAUGUGAUCAUUGGUUCUCUUUAGAAACAGAGUUUUACAAACAUGCAGAAACCUGCAAUUAUUUAGAAACAACUGCAGAUGUUAGCACAGAAAAUAAAAAACUGAAAACCGAUAAAAUCUUUUCUCCAGCCUUAGAACAGGAUAACAAUCGUAGAUGUAUAUAUUGUGAACGUGAUUUUCCUACGCCAUUUGCUUUGCGUAUGCAUAUAAGGACACAUACAGGAGAAAGACCAUUUCAAUGUAAAUAUUGUACGAAAUCUUUCAAAACACAAUCACAACUAAAUGUACAUCAUAAAAGGCACACUGGCCAAGCUGAUUAUAUUUGCACGAUUUGUAAUAAAACCUUCUACGAACAGAGUAAUCUCACGGUUCAUAUGCGCUCACACACAGGCGAACGGCCCCAUGUCUGCACGGUUUGCAACAAAACCUUUACCCGUGUCUUUCUGUUGCAAUUUCACAUGAGAACACAUACAGGUGAAAAACCCUAUAAGUGUAGUUAUUGUGAUAAAAGUUUUCGUCAGCAUACAGAUUUACGUAGUCACCUGACCAUACAUACGGGCCAGAAACAACACACUUGUAUUUUAUGCGGCAAAUCUUAUAUAAAACGUUCACAUUUAGUGCAACACAUGCGCAAACAUCAAUUACAUGCCGAUGUUAUGGCGGACGGUGAAGCUGCUCAGUUUGACAACGACCAAAGUACGGAUGAGCUAAGUACAGCUACUAAUACUAUUCAAAAUUAUGUGCAAAAUCCAGAAAUUGUUUAUAGUUUUGAUGAAAUUAUAGAAAGUGAAGAUGUUGUCUCUCAAACGGAUGAGUUUAUAAAAGCCAUGGUGGGCUUAUGUCGUUUAUGCGCCUCCCUACGUAAAAUGGAUGUGUUAUUCUCCAUUAAAGAUGAAUCCAGUGAAAUAUGUGAAAAGUUGCGAAAAUGCUUUCAACUCAAUAUAAAGAUGCAGGAUGCUCUACCAAAAUCUAUAUGCCUAGAAUGUAUAGAAAACUUAAAUAAAUCACAUAAAUUUUAUACAAAAGUUACCGAGGCUCAAGAAACUUUGCAAGCAUUAUAUCCCGACUCCAGCUCACAAGAAGAUAAUAAUAGUCCAAAGGAAAUUGAAUCCGUGCAGCCAUCUCUAGUGGAAACUUUGUCAGCGGUAAAGGAAAAUAGCGCAAAGCGUAGCUCAUCUGUGUUGGAGCGAGAUAAAGUUAAAACUACCGAUGAAAAACCAAAAAUUCUAGCAAAACAAAUCAAAUUAGAAAAAUGUUUGGCAGUAAAAACCAACAAUUCCUUAAAUGAGUGCCAAAAUGAUAAGAGUGGAACGAAAACAAACAAAUUGCGGGAAAACUUUAUAGAAGAUGUAUGUAUAAUGCUGGAUAUGACCAAAGAAGAAGCCAUGCUGGAGAGUUCUUACGAAAUUUUAGAAACUAUAGAAGAAAACGAUGUUGAAGAUUUAACAGAGGAAAGUACAGAGAAAUAUUUUAAUUCUCAAAAUGUUUGUGAGCAGGAAGAAGAACAUUAUGAUGUAGAGGAGAUUACGGCUAAAAACCCUAUAGAUGUUUUAAAUGAUAUUGAAUUACAGGCAACGGAGCUUAACGAAAAACCUGAUGAUAUUGUAGUACCGGAUAAAGGAUUAAAUAUUGAAUUUGAAUAUAUGGAUGAUUAUGAGGACGAAGAGGAAGAUGAUGAUUUAGAUUCUAACUUAGAUAUUAAGCAGUCAAUAAAUGAUGAUCAAGUAAUAAAGCAUCCUCCUGCACAACAAUUAGAUUCUUGGAAACACUAUAAAUAUGUAUGUUUUAUUUGCAACAGCAAUUUUUCCAAUUUUACGCAGUUAUACAGUCACUUUGCACAAGAUCACCAGAAAACACAACAGGAAAAGUUACAAUACAAAUGUUAUGAUUGUCAAAAAGUCAUACCACGUUAUAACUUCUUCCUCAAUCACAUACGUUCCAAACACCAUCCCAAUUUAAAGUUGAGAUGUGAUGUGUGCGAUUUAAGUUGUCAGACCUUUGAGGAGCUUGCGCAUCAUCGCAGUAUUAAAUGUAAAGAAGCGAGCCAGAAUGUACAUACUGUACCAUGUAAUCAGUGUUUCAAAAGUUUUCACAAUGCAUACGGCUUACAAAAACAUUACAAAAUGCAACAUACCCCAAAAGGUAAAUCGAAAUAUCAGUGUAUGGAAUGCAAUAAAGAGUUUCAGUAUAAGAGUUGUUUAAAAGUGCACGAGCAAAUUCACACAGAUAAAAAUACAUACUUCUGCAGCUUUUGUGACAGUACAUUUACCAAUAAAAAUAGCUUAGGAUUACAUCUUUACGUUCAUGUAGAUGAAAACUUAUAUAAAUGCAAUAUAUGUAACAAAAGUUUCAAAACAUUCUUAUCACUCGAUCAACAUCAAGUGAUACACAGCGAAGAAAAACCCUUCAAGUGUGAAUUUUGUGAUAAAAAUUUCCGAAAGAAAAUUCAAAAAAUUGCCCAUGAACGUACACAUACCGGCGAAAUGCCAUUCAGUUGUGGACAAUGUGAUAAACGUUUUCGUUUUCUCAGCGCUCUCAAUGCUCAUAUUAAGAUACAUACUGGCGCUAAACCUUAUUCAUGUGAAUAUUGUGAUAAAACAUUUGCUGAUAGCUCAAAUCGUAAUAAACAUGUUAAACGUAAGCAUGCCAAUGGCUUAUGAGAUGUAAAUAUACAAGACUAAGAGAUAGCAGUGAGAG